GUAUGUUGCCCCAGAUGGCCCUGUGCAGCUGUGGCACCAUGCGUUUAAUCUGCAAGACCUCCAUGCUGCGAGCGUCAACAGCUUCGUGUUGCUUUGCGGGGUGAGGGGCGAUUGGAGGAGCGGCUGCCGAGCCAAGCUGGGCGAUGAUCGCCCUCAAAGGCUGAGCUUCAUCAACAACCUCGCAGGGCUGCUCGAGGCCAGAGGGCAGCUGCAAGAGGCAGAGCCUCUCUACAGCGAAGCCCUGUGUGGCUGUCGCGCCAAGCUUGGUGAUGAUCAUCCAAACACACUCAGCAACAUCAACAACCUUGCAGGGCUGCUCGGGGCCAGAGGGCUGUUGGAAGAAGCGGCGCCCUUGUAUCGUGAAGCGCUGCAGGGCACGCUGAUGCUCCUGAUGCGCGACCCGGGUCCCGGAGUGGAGCCGCUGAUGCUCAUGACGUGCGGACUGCUGGAGGCCAGAGGCCUGUUGGAGGAGGCAGAGCCUUUGUAUCGCGAG